AUGGAGAGGCCAAAAGGCGCGUUUACACCUGAUGAACCUGGCGCAUUACCACUCGACCAAGUCCUCGAGCAAAUCAUCAAAGACGAUCAAGAAGAAUGGGAAUACGAGUACUCAGCUAUAGAAACAGAGGCCAAGCUCUCAUAUCCCGAAUUCAAAGACCCCUCGGCUAAAGCACCUCGACACAACCGCGGCGGGUACUACAAAAACUGGACAGAGCGAGGCGAAACUCAGGAUGCUCGUCCUGAACCGCAACAGCCCAAACGGCCUCCCAGCAACAACAGCGACAAUGGCAAUGACAGUGAUGAGGAUAACGACAACGAAGAGGCUCCCACAGAGCAAGAUGAUCAAGACGAUGGCACACCCCUUGACCCAGCCCUUCUUGCCAUGAGCUACGGUAAAGAAAAGAUAACCACGCCUCCACCAUCGGACAAGAAAAAGGGCAAGCAACCAGAACCAGCCCAGGAAGCUGAAGCCCAAGAUCUAGCCCAAGAAGAAGCGGAAGAACCACCCGAAACAGAAGACAUCCAAAUCCUCGACCUGCACAGCUCCAAUCCCCUGUUCUCCUACAGAGGACGCCUCUUCGAAGGUCACUGGGCGGAAGUAGUCGGCACAGAAGUCAUCCUCGACAAAUCAUCAUCCGGCAGCCUCCCCUCCCUGCGCAACCUACCAGGCGACAUAUCCCUCCUCGCAGCCAGCUCCUCGCGAAUAAUGACGACGGAAAAGAUACCGCGCCCCAAAGUACCGGAAGACGACACCCUACGCCCCAUUAAAGAAGAGUGGAACAUCCGCAUCCCGGUUGGCAAAGACCCGACGGGUGAGCGAGCAGAGCAGACUGGUUUCCUGGAGAAUCUCAUGGCUUUGAAGCUGAAGAGGGGGGAUAAGGACCACGUCACGGUGUAUGCUGUGGAUGGGAAAGGGAAAGACUGGGAUGACAAAAAGGCAGUUGACUACAGGCCCAGACGAAAAAAGAUGGGCGAAGAAUUUGGUCGGGACAAGCGCAGAAAACAGGAGGUUGCUCGGCGGCCGAAGGGGCGGCCGAGUCUUGCGACGAGGUUGGAAGGGUAUCCUGUUGGGUUUAAGGGUAGCGCGAGCGGGGAUGUUCCUUUGUCGACGAUGACGCCGACGAGUUGGGAGGAUUUGGAUAGGGAGGAUGAGGAGGAGAGUGGCGGGAGUGAGGAGGAUGAUGAAGAUGAAGAUGAGGAUGAGGAUGUUACUAUGACGGGUUGA